ACCCUCAUACUCCCGGGAAUGCUCGUGACCGAAGCAUCCACCUAUCGAUUGUUUUCUCUGGUUUUCUCGUCAGUGUGAUAACCGUGUGAUCCGUCAGUGAGUUAUCCCCCACUAAUCCAGUUUCCUCGCCAAAAAGGCUGGAGCCAUACGCCCCGGUUGCAUUUUCGUCCUCAGGAUUUGCCCAAAUCCCGAGAUACGCUACUCCCCGUACCACCCAAAGUAUUCCAUCGACAAUUAUCGCAAUUCCAGGGACAAGUGAACUCUUAAUUAUUGGAAGUGUUGAUUAACGGGCAAAAUGGGCUCGCUUUUUCGCAGCGAGGAGAUGACCUUGUGUCAGCUCUUUUUGCAGAGCGAAGCUGCUUAUGCAUGCGUUUCCGAACUCGGGGAACUCGGUCUCGUGCAGUUUCGUGACUUGAAUCCCGACGUUAACGCCUUCCAACGUAAAUUCGUAAACGAAGUACGUCGCUGCGAUGAGAUGGAACGAAAGCUCCGUUACCUCGAGAAAGAAAUCAAGAAGGACGGCAUCCCGAUGCUGGAUACAGGGGAGAACCCGGAGGCGCCCCAGCCCCGAGAGAUGAUCGACCUGGAGGCGACAUUCGAGAAACUCGAGAACGAACUGCGCGAGGUCAACCAGAAUGCUGAGGCACUGAAGCGUAAUUUCUUAGAGUUGACUGAGUUGAAACAUAUUUUGAGAAAGACCCAGGUUUUCUUCGACGAGGCUGAGCAUGGAGGUGUCGUGUCGCAGAUGGCAGACCCAAGCCGCGAGGAAGAACAAGUCACUCUAUUGGGUGAAGAGGGCCUCCGCGCUGGCGGCCAGGCUCUCAAACUCGGCUUUGUGGCUGGAGUAAUUCUGCGCGAGCGAAUCCCAGCGUUCGAGCGGAUGCUAUGGCGUGCCUGCAGGGGCAACGUCUUCCUCCGUCAGGCGGAGAUCGAGUCAGCGCUGGAGGACCCGUCGACAUCCGACCAAGUCUUCAAAUCCGUCUUCAUCAUCUUCUUCCAAGGAGAUCAACUCAAGACCCGGGUUAAGAAGAUCUGCGAGGGAUUUAGAGCGACAUUGUACCCCUGUCCGGAGGCCCCGGCCGAUCGCAGGGAGAUGGCCAUGGGUGUGAUGACCAGAAUCGAGGACCUUAACACUGUUCUCGGACAGACACAGGACCAUCGCCACCGAGUGUUGGUUGCCGCAGCGAAGAAUAUCAAGAACUGGUUCAUCAAGGUCAGGAAGAUCAAGGCCAUCUACCACACCCUGAACCUCUUCAAUCUCGACGUAACUCAGAAAUGUCUCAUCGCCGAGUGUUGGGUGCCAGUUCUGGACAUUGAGGGCAUUCAACUCGCCCUGCGAAGGGGCACGGAACGCAGUGGCAGUUCGGUUCCCCCCAUUCUGAACCGAAUGGAGACAUUCGAGGAUCCGCCGACUUACAAUCGCACCAAUAAAUUCACGAAGGGUUUCCAGGUGCUGAUCGACUCUUACGGAAUAGCCUCUUACAGAGAGAUGAACCCAGCCCCCUACACCAUCAUCACCUUUCCCUUCCUCUUCUCCGUCAUGUUCGGGGACACAGGACACGGGUUGAUCAUGUUCCUCUUCGCAGCCUGGAUGAUCCUGAAGGAGAAGCCACUCACGGCCCAAAAGUCUGACAAUGAGAUCUGGAACAUCUUCUUCGGAGGGAGGUACAUCAUCUUCCUGAUGGGUCUGUUUUCGAUGUACACUGGGCUCAUCUACAACGACAUGUUCUCCAAGUCUCUGAACAUAUUCGGAUCGUAUUGGAGAGCCAAUCUGACCUGGCCUGAAGUCAACGGGGUGAAAUCCCUCAUGUUGGAUCCGGCUUCAGACGCUUACAGCGGGGUUCCCUAUCCUAUCGGGGUCGAUCCUGUCUGGCAACUCGCGCAGAACAAGAUCAUCUUCUUGAAUUCGUACAAGAUGAAGAUAUCCAUCAUCAUUGGGGUCAUCCACAUGCUGUUUGGGGUUCUUGUUGGGCUGUGGAAUCAUCUCUACUUCAAGAGGAGGAUGAACAUAAUCUGUGAGUUCAUCCCUCAAGUCAUCUUCCUCGUGUUUCUGUUCAUGUACAUGGCUCUGUUGAUGUUCAUCAAGUGGGUGAAGUAUGGACCCGGAAAAAUCGAGGAACUUGGACCGUUCUGCGCUCCCUCGGUUCUCAUCACCUUCAUCAACAUGGUUCUCUUCAAGAAUGGGGCACCACCACCAGUCUGCAAGACUGAGUACAUGUACGCCGGACAGGGAGGCUUCCAGAAGUUCUUGCUCGUAAUCGCUCUGCUCUGCGUCCCGUGGAUGCUUCUCGCUAAACCCAUCAUGAUAAUGAAGGAGAGGAAGAAGCAUCAUUACCAGUUGAAUAACCAUGGGACUGAGAAUGGAGAUGUUGAGGGAGGGGUAGGAGCUCUUCAGCAGAACCAGGGGGCACCUCAGAAGGAGGAGGAAGAGGAGGAGAUGAGCGAGAUCUUUAUUCAUCAGGGAAUUCAUACUAUUGAGUAUAUUCUUGGAUCUGUGUCUCAUACUGCCUCGUAUUUGAGACUCUGGGCUCUGUCCCUUGCUCACGCUCAAUUGAGUGAAGUCUUGUGGUCAAUGGUCAUGAGGAAUGGCCUGGCUCUGGAAAAAUGGUACGGCGGCAUCUUUCUGUGGUUUGUCUUCGCCAUGUGGGCAGUCCUCACUGUUGGAAUUCUCGUACUCAUGGAGGGGCUCUCAGCCUUCCUCCAUACACUUCGUCUCCAUUGGGUGGAGUUCCAGAGCAAAUUCUACUCUGGUCUGGGCUACGGUUUCACUCCAUUCUCCUUCGAGAUCAUCUUGGAUACAGCCCAAAACACCGUUGAAGUUGACUAAUCACUCCGAUGAUACUAUAAAAAAACUUUAAUCCAUGUUUUGCUGGUAGAAUUGAUGUAAUGGAGUGUUUCGAACUCAAUAACAUAAUUUCCUCGAUUUUUUUGUUAAAAAAAAACACUUCUGCUUCUGUAAUGUUCUGCAGUUGAACUUAAGAGAUGAUGGGUAAUUAGAGAAAAAUAUAACGCUGCCAAAAUAUAUCGACAUUGAACUCUUUGAGAGCCGAUAAUUCCUGUAGAUCUGAUGUUUCCUAUCUGUUAAGCAUUUUAAUCUAUUUAUGCAUGUCUUGAACAAACAUUAAUGGCAACAUGUACGUUAGCGCGUUGAUUGAAUAAACUCUGAGAGCAAUGGAA